CCCUCUCGUCUCUACAGAGGCCCACGAAUCUCCAAUCCCCAAAUCGGAGCGCCCCAAACCCCAGGCCAAGCCCCAACCGGCGAUGGCCCCUCCUCGGCUCCCCGACGACGUGGUCCACCUCAUCGACGACGACGACGACGAGUACUCCACCGCGGGCUCUGCCCCUUCCCUCUACAAGCGCGCCCGCGCCGUCUACGCGGCUCCCUCGUCCGCGGGUUCCCAGGACUCCCUCGACGCAUUCGCCACUCCCUCGCCCGUCCCGAAGCGGCGCGGGACGCUCGUGUCCCCCAUCGUCCUCGACGACGACACCCCGCCGUCUUUCGUCCCUUGCUCGCUGCUCGGCGCUCGGUCCGCCGUUGGCGCGGCCGCGCCUGGUUCUGACCUCGCGACCUCGGACUUCCCUUCUGGUUUCGACCUCCCGAGCUCGGACUUCCACGCUGGCUUCGACCUCCCGAGCUCGGACUUGCGUGCUGGUUUUGCUGUCUCGAGCUCGACCGGCCGCGCUACUGGCAUUUUCGAGAUCCCGGGAUCGCCUCUCCCAGCAUCUACUCACCCCGACAGUCUUUACAAUGAGAUGAUGGGCUUCACCACCUCGUCCUUGGCUGGACAGCCUGGGCCGUCCCGUGUCCCAGGAACUUCUUCUCCGAUAUCUCUGGACAGUGAUGAGGAGGAUGUCUUUGGGGACAGACUGCCGUCGCCCAAGUUGAUUUCGCCCUGUGAAGAUCUUACUCUGCAGGACCAGGAUGAAGACGACAAGGAAGGGAAUCCUCAGCUGAUUGCAGAAGGAAAGAAAAAACAGAAAAGGAAGAGGUUAACAAAGGAAGGGAGAGACAGGUUGAAUGAAGAAAAGAAACGGCAGCGAGAGGAAAAUAAGCUCCUGAAAGAAUCUAUGAAAGCUCAAAAGGCAGAGCAGAAGAAGUAUGCCAAAGAAAAAGGGGAUUGGGAAUCAGGAAAGUACGCUUUAAAAUCUAUUGUCGCUGAGAUUGACUCAACAAUCAUUGAAAGUGGCUCAGUUGGAGGUACUCUUCUCACGAGAUUUGUGGAGAAGGACCUCAAGUACCGAAUUCAGGUUAAUCCAAUCAGGGGAUCAAUUUUAUGGAAGAUGGAGGUUCCUCAAAUUGGCCAGGACCCAGCUUCAGUGUCAGAAGUGCCAUAUAUUCUAUUUGUGCUCCAAGCUGAGGAAUUCUGUGAUCUCAUCAGCAGUGGAUCCUUCAUGGAUCAUGUUCACACAGUUCAAAGUCGCUAUCCAACUUUCACUAUUUGCUACGUCACUAAUAAAUUGAUGAACUACAUAAAUAAACGUGAGCGAAGUCAGUAUAGGAAUCCGUCCAGUUCUAAUAGUUGGAAACGUCCACCAGUGGAAGAGGUUUUAUGCCAACUAGCAACACACUAUGUUGGAGUUCACUCCAGGCAAUGCACAGAUGAAGGUGAAGUAGCAGAGCACGUUGUUGGUUUGACAUCUAGUCUUGCAAAUUGCAAAUACAGGAAACCACUCACAUGGUUGUCUGUGCAUGCUAACGGUGCGAUGAUACCUAAAACUUUCAUCGAUAAAGAUCUGGCUAAGAAAGACACCUGGAUGAAGUCUCUUAUAGCCAUCCCUAAAGUCCAGCCAAGAUUUGCCCUGGCAAUCUACAAGAAGUACCCUACCAUGAGAUCUCUUCUGAAUGUUUACAUGGAUCCCAGUAAAACUGGUCGCGACAAGGAGCUUUUGCUUCAAGAUUUGAAGUGCGAAAAUCGAGUAGGCGACGAUGGCACAAGGGUGGGACAAGUAUGUUCCAAGAGAGUGUACAAAUAUCUCACUGCACAAGAUGGAACAGCGGAAGCGGAUUCUGCCUAGUAACCCUAACGGUGGAUCUAUGGCCGCACCAUCCUUAUGGGCUUGUUAACUUAUUAGUGCAUAUGUAUUAUAUGAAAUUUCAGCGCCCUGCAGUGCUUCUGUAAUGACCGUUGCGUGCAAUGUUGUGUCAUACUGUCAUGACACUUACUAUGUUCCGUGAACCUUAUGAAGACAUGUAUGAUGAUCGUAUGCUAAUGCUAGAUAUAUACGCUAAGUUAUGUAUUACUUGA